AUGAGCUUCCUCCAGGACGUCCACCCCGAGGUCACCGACGCGCUGCUCGGCUUCGUCUACGACCCGCUCGACCCCGCCAAUGCCGCGCUCGACGACCUCCUCAGCCUCCCGCCCCACGACGACGACGACGCAUUCCUCAGGCCAAUCCACGGCGACGGCGACGGCAAGGUCGAGCGGCAUUGCGCCAAGAGGCAGCGCGCCUGCGGCGACGGCGCGUGGCGCGGCCUUGCGCGCAUCGGCGCCGGCCAGCAGAGCAACGGCGGAGGCAAUCAACAGGUGCCAGAGCCCCCGAACGAGUUGGUCCUACCACUGCCACUGCCGUCGCCGCCGCAGCUCCCGGAGCCCCCCGCGUUGGUGCGCGUCGCGGACGCGAACAAGGCCGCGGGCAACGUGUCCCAGUCCGUGCAGAGCGCCGCGGCGAGGCAGCGCCGGAAGCGGAUCAGCGAGAAGACGGCCGAGCUGUCACGGCUGAUCCCCGGCGGCCGUAAGAUGAACACCGCCGAAAUGCUGGAGGAGGCCGCCCGCCACGUGAAGCUCCUGCAGGCCCAGGUCGGCGUGCUCGCCCUCAUGCGCACCAAUGAAAAGGUGCCGUCCAUGGUGCAGGAGCAAAUGUACGCGCUGCUGGUGCGCGGCAGCGUGCAGGAGCGGCUGGCCGCGGAGGGCAAGUGCCUGGUGCCGAGGAAGCUGGUGGACGCCGUGGCCAGCGACAGCUCCGUCAAGUCGAACGCGCUGGUGAGCAGGGACCUCGGCCGGUUCGUGGCGUCGCUGCAGGCGGGCCGGUAG